UGGGCGGGGUUUGUGCCCAGGGUUGUAUGUGAGAGUGUGGAAGGGCUUGAGUGAGUGAGCCGCCUAUGAAUAAGACUGGUGUCAAGAGUUAGUCCUGCGUCCUGUGUGUUAAGAUGACCAAGUUGGGCUUCCUGCGUCUGUCCUAUGAGAAACAGGACACCCUGCUGAAGCUGCUCAUCCUGUCUAUGGCAGCCAUUCUGUCGUUCUCCACCAGACUGUUCUCUGUCCUGAGGUUCGAAAGCGUCAUCCAUGAGUUUGAUCCGUAUUUCAAUUACCGAACCACUCGCUUCUUGACGGAAGAGGGCUUUUACAAGUUUCAUAACUGGUUUGAUGAUCGUGCUUGGUAUCCACUGGGGAGGAUUAUAGGAGGCACCAUCUAUCCCGGGUUGAUGAUAACUUCUGCUGCUUUAUAUCAUGUGCUGCAUUUCUUCCACAUCACCAUCGACAUCCGCAACGUGUGCGUGUUCCUCGCCCCUCUCUUCUCCUCCUUCACUGCUAUAGUAACUUACCAUUUUACCAAAGAGCUAAAGGAUGCAGGUGCCGGGCUUCUAGCUGCCGCCAUGAUCGCUAUCGUCCCUGGGUACAUCUCGCGUUCUGUGGCGGGCUCAUACGACAAUGAAGGAAUCGCCAUUUUCUGCAUGCUGCUGACGUACUACAUGUGGAUCAAGGCGGUGAAGUCGGGCUCCAUUUAUUGGUCGUCCAUGUGCGCGCUGGCUUAUUUCUACAUGGUGUCCUCCUGGGGUGGUUACGUCUUUCUGAUUAACCUCAUUCCCCUCCAUGUGCUGGUGUUGAUGCUGACUGGCCGCUUUUCUCAUCGCAUAUAUGUGGCAUACUGUACAGUUUACUGUCUGGGUACUAUCCUCUCCAUGCAGAUCUCUUUCGUUGGAUUCCAGCCUGUCCAGUCCUCUGAACACAUGGCUGCUUUUGGAGUGUUUGGCCUGUGUCAGGUUCACGCCUUUGUCGAUUAUCUCCGGAGCAAACUGAACGCACAGCAGUUCGAGGUUUUGUUCAAGAGUGUCAUUUCUCUAGUUGGUCUCAUCCUGCUGUCUCUGGGUGGGGUGCUCAUGCUGACAGGAAAAAUCUCACCUUGGACUGGGCGUUUUUACUCUCUGUUGGAUCCAUCGUAUGCCAAGAACAACAUCCCCAUCAUCGCCUCUGUGUCUGAGCAUCAGCCUACCACCUGGUCCUCCUACUACUUCGAUUUGCAGUUGCUGGUCUUCAUGUUUCCAGUUGGCCUGUAUUACUGCUUUAACAACCUGUCCGACGCCACGAUUUUCAUCAUCAUGUAUGGAGUCACAAGCAUGUACUUCUCUGCUGUGAUGGUCCGCCUCAUGUUGGUUCUGGCUCCCGUCAUGUGUAUCCUGUCUGGGAUUGGCGUUUCUCAGGUUCUCACCACCUACAUGAAGAACUUAGAUGUCAGCCGACCAGACAAGAAAUCCAAGAAGCAACAGGACUCCACCUACCCUAUCAAGAAUGAGGUGGCGAGUGGCAUGAUCCUGGUCAUGGCGUUCUUCCUCAUCACAUACACUUUCCACUCCACCUGGGUGACAAGCGAGGCAUACUCCUCCCCCUCCAUUGUCCUGUCCGCCCGCGGUGGUGACGGCAGCCGCAUCAUCUUCGAUGACUUCAGAGAGGCUUAUUACUGGCUCAGACACAACACACCAGAGGAUGCUAAAGUCAUGUCAUGGUGGGAUUAUGGGUAUCAAAUAACAGCGAUGGCCAAUCGAACGAUUCUGGUUGACAACAACACGUGGAAUAACACUCAUAUCUCCAGAGUUGGUCAGGCCAUGGCCUCCACAGAGGAGAAAGCCUAUGAGAUCAUGCGAGAACUGGAUGUCAGCUACGUCCUGGUGAUCUUUGGAGGACUGACUGGAUAUUCUUCAGAUGAUAUAAAUAAGUUCCUGUGGAUGGUCCGAAUCGGAGGCAGUACAGACACAGGGAAACACAUUAAGGAACACGACUACUACACCCCCACCGGAGAGUUCCGUGUGGACCGCGAGGGAUCUCCUGUCUUGCUCAACUGUCUCAUGUACAAGAUGUGCUACUAUCGCUUUGGCCAGGUCUACACCGAAGCCAAACGUCCCCCUGGUUACGACAGAGUUCGUAAUGCUGAGAUUGGUAACAAGGACUUCGAGUUGGAUGUGUUGGAGGAAGCUUACACUACAGAGCACUGGCUCGUCAGGAUAUACAAGGUCAAAGACCUCGACAACCGUGGCCUUUCAAGAACGUGAAACUCAUAAUCCCAAACCCCCCCCCUCCUUGAGCACACAGCACUGAACGUCUGCGGCCCCCGUCACCAUGAUUUGAAGAGAAGGCGCGAAUACUUUUUAUACUUUUGUUUUUAAUUGCUGAAAGAGAUUUUCUUUUCAAACCUUGGUUGUUUUGUUUUUAUAAUUGAUUUACAAAUAUGAGGAUUUGUCUGUACUGUGGGCACAAGGUGUCAAACUCUAUUACCAGAGAAGGUGACCUAAGGUGAGAAAAUGUUAAAUAGUCGUUUCUGCAAUCAACUGGCUAGAUAAUUGUUUGAUUUGUCUUUAAGUGGGUGAAUAAAGGAGUGACU